AUGACGAGCCCAGUGUCGUGUUCGCAGCCGCCGAAGGAGGAGCUGCCGGAGGCGCCGCCGGGCUUCUUCGGCGAGGACCCUUUCGACGCCACUGGGCCCUUCUACGGCUUCAGCGAGGAGCCCUUGGCGAGGUGUAGGGAACUCAGGGAAAUCUUUGCUAAGACGAUUGCAUGCGUUGAAGAGCAGGUGCAACUCAAACAGCUAAAAGACAGCGAGUGCUCUGAUGGGAAAAGUGGUUUACAAAAGGCCAAAAAUACCCUUGUGCGGAAACCGAAUCGCUGGUCUGACAGCGAAUUACAACUUGUAUAUCCAGUUGACGAUAUUGGCGUUGGAGCUGAGACACUGAAGAAGUGUGAAGAAACAAGUCCUCGGUCCUUGCGAAUAAGAAAACCAAUAAACUAUCGGGAGCAGCUCUACAAUGAAGAUGGGGAUAAUUCAGAAGAAUUGUAGAUUACAUUAGAAUACUCUGUGUGGGUGGGCCGGCGGCUGCGGUACGUGGACGCGGGCGACUGCCGCCACGCCAACUGGCUGCGCUUCGUCAACUGCGCGCGCAACGUGCUGGAGCAGAACCUGGCGGCGUUCCAGUGGCGCGGCGCCAUCUACUACCGCACCAAGCGCGCCAUCCCGGCGCACGAGGAGCUGCUGGUGUGGUACGGGGACAAGUUCGGCGAGCGCCUGGGCAUCUCGCUGGAGGCGUUCGCGACGCCGCUCGACCACCCCGUGCCCUAUAACAAGUUUAGCUGUGACAUUUGCAAAAUUUCAUUUCAUAGCCCACUGGGUUUGCAGGAGCAUUUAUGUAACUUUGAUGAUCAAGAGUCAAUGCACAAAUCAAAUCGGCUCUCUACAGAUUCAUUCACAAGACAACGAGAUUCUUAUGGAUCAAAUGAUGAACAUGAAGAAAUUUUAAACUUGAAUUUUCUUUUGUUGGCGAAUCAUGAAGGUGAAAAUGUGUGUAAGAAUACUGUUGAAUUACAGUCUUUAACAAAACAUGUAAAUCAAGAUUUUAUGGAACAGGAAGAGAACGAAAUUGAAGAAUACUGUAGUCAAACUGCCGACAGAAGUGAAAAACCUAAUUUUUCAUACGAUGUGAAAAAUAUUCGCGAAAAGACAGAAGAAAACCUUAACAAUCAAGCUUUCCAAGUACAUCAAGUAUCGUACAGUGACUUAAACACUGAAGAAAAUAUGUCCAAGGCGAACGAAACCAAUGACAAACUGAAUGAUUGCGAGUUUUGCAAAGUUAAUUUCAAAAGUUCCACUAUGCUGAAGAGACAUAUUACCACCAUACACAACGGAAAACCUCACAAGUGCACAUUGUGUAAGGCUACAUUCAAAAGGAAUGCUUUUCUGAAAAAACAUGCCUUGGUUCACAGUAACGAAAAGCCCUAUCAUUACGAUAAAUGUGAUAGAAGCUAUAAAGAACUACAGUCUUUAAAAAGACACUGGAAUAAUAAUCACAAAGAAAUAUACAAUAAUAUUGACGCAUCUCUUGGUUAUCUAGAAAACAAAUCUCUUCAUAAUACUAAAAAAUCACCUCAAAAAAACAUUUCUAGGGCUGGAAUUUUUGUGAAUAAUAGAAUUAAGCCAACUUUCAAUUGUACAAGCAGAAAACAAAUUACCUGUAAAAAAUGCAAUGCAGUAGUCACUACAUUCGCAUCUCUCACUGUCCAUAAUUACGUCCACUCUCCUAAGGGGUCGUACAAGUGCCCUAUUUGCGGUGCUAAAUUCAAGUAUCUGUCUUCUCUGAGAUUCCAUUUCAGUACUCAUGAUGUAGAGAAAAAUGGUGAUAAAUUUUAUCGGUGCUAUGUUUGCAAUGACGAGUGCGAAUCAGCUGAAAGUUUGAAAGUUCAUAUUUUAAAACACAAAACUGCAAAAAUAUACAGAUGUCAGACUUGUGAGGCUACAUUCAAAACGCCCCAUGGCCUGAUAUGGCACUGUUAUCGUCAUACGGGUGAACGACCAUAUCAAUGUCCGAAAUGUGCUGCAGCAUUCGACAGACCCCGACUUCUCUCAAGGCACAAAUUAAUUCAUUCUGAUGAGAAAUCUCUGAUUUGCGACGUAUGUAAAGCUCCCUUCGUAACGGUAUCAGGUUUGAAAAAACACAUGGUAAUCCAUCAGGGCGAUAACCCGUAUCGAUGUGAAGUUUGCAACGCAACAUUUACUAAAUCCUGGAGUUUGAAGAUACAUAUGUAUUAUAGACACACUAGUAACAAACCACAUAAAUGCGAAAUUUGUAACGCUAGAUUUGUCUACAAAUGGAGCCUCAAGCGACACAGUUUCACUCACUCAGAGAGAAAAACACAGAGUUCUCAAGUUCAGAAAACUGAGAAAAAAUUUCAAUGUCAUGUGUGCGACAAGGUAUUUAAGAGAAAAUCAACUUACGAGACUCAUCAAGUAACUCAUACUGGUGAAAGACCUUAUGAAUGUGAUCUAUGUAAGAAAGCUUUUACGUUAAAGGCGACCUACGCGAAACAUAUAGAACUCCAUACUGCAAAACCACAUCAAUGUGCAGAAUGUGGAAAGAGUUUUGAAACAGAGGAUAGUCGCGAGGCGCAUAUGAGGAUCCACACUGUAGAAAGGUCCUAUUCCUGUGAUGUUUGUCGGAAGUCUUACUGUCACAAGUCCAGUUUAAAUGAACACAGACGUAUCCACACAGAGCAACCGUUGAAUAAAACAGGUGCAAAAAUGUUUACUUCGUCAACUAAACACCAACGAAGGGCGACUUUGUGA